GCACUGGCUAGCGCCCGGCAUGGUGGCGGUUGGAUCAGGCCCUAGGGAAUCGCUUCAUGUCGCGACCGAAGAAUCAAAAUUACAAGGCCUAUGGAUCAUCCAAAGGAAAGGAACGAGAGCAGAGAACAUCGGUCCGGUUCAAGACCACAUUUAUGAAUACCCUUAUAGAUGUUCUUCGCCACAGGCCAGGCUGGGUGGAAGUAAAGGACGAAGGGGAGUGGGACUUUUACUGGUGUGACAUCGGCUGGCUCCGGGAGAACUUCGACCACACCUACAUGGAUGAACACGUGCGGAUCAGUCACUUCCGAAACCACUACGAGCUGACCCGAAAGAACUACAUGGUGAAGAACCUGAAGCGGUUCCGGAAACAGCUGGAGCGCGAGGCAGGAAAGCUGGAGGCAGCCAAGUGCGACUUCUUCCCCAAAACCUUUGAGCUGCCGAGCGAGUACCACCUGUUUGUGGAGGAGUUUCGCAAAAACCCAGGCAUCACCUGGAUCAUGAAACCUGUAGCCAGGUCCCAGGGGAAGGGCAUCUUCCUCUUCCGGAGACUGAAGGACAUCAUGGACUGGCGGAAGGGCACUGCUGGGAAGAAGCCCACCAGCUUGGAGGCCCAGCAAGCCCGGGGCGCUGUCAAUCCUUCUGGCAGCCACGACUCGAGAAGUUCGGAUGACCAGAAAGAAGAAAUCCCCGUGGAGAACUAUGUAGCUCAGCGUUACAUUGAAAACCCCUAUCUGAUAGGAGGCCGCAAGUUUGACCUGCGCGUCUACGUGCUGGUGAUGUCGUAUAUCCCCCUGCGGGCCUGGCUGUACCGGGAUGGCUUCGCCCGCUUCUCCAACACCCGCUUCACACUCAACAGCAUUGACGACCAGUAUGUGCACCUCACCAAUGUCGCCGUGCAGAAGACGUCCCCCGACUACCACCCAAAGAAGGGCUGCAAAUGGAUGCUGCAGCGCUUCCGGCAGUACCUGGCGUCCAAGCACGGGCCAGAGGCAGUGGAGACGCUCUUCAGCAACAUGGACAACAUCUUCAUCAAGAGCCUGCAGAGCGUGCAGAAGGUGAUCAUCAGUGACAAGCACUGCUUCGAGCUGUACGGCUAUGACAUCCUCAUAGACCAGGACCUCAAGCCGUGGCUCCUGGAGGUCAACGCGUCCCCAUCACUGACAGCCAGCAGCCCGGAGGACUAUGAGCUCAAGGCCUGCCUCCUGGAAGAUACCCUGCACAUCGUGGACAUGGAGGCCAGGCUCACAGGAAAGGAGAAGCGAGUGGGAGGCUUUGACCUCAUGUGGAACGAUGGCCCCGUCAGCAGAGAAGAGGGGGCUCCCGACCUGUCAGAGACGGGGAACUUUGCGACCAACACACACCUCGGUUGCAUCAACGAUCGAAAAGCACAGCUGAGGCAACUGUUCCGCUCCCUUCAAAGCCAGAAGAAAGCUUCCAGCUAAUCCCAGCCACGGGACCCUGGGAGGCACCACGCCAGCCAGUCCUCCCCCACUCCAUUUCCAGCACCGCAGCACCUCCGAGCAUGCGCCUCCCUCCCUCUGGCUGGGCCACAGCUGCUGGCUGCUGCUGGGCUGGGCCCCCUGGAUUCCCUGCCCGACCCCUGGGCAUCUUUGCCCUAGGAGCCAGCCAGGUCCCUGGACUGGAUCGGUUUUAAUCUUGACAGACUGGCUCGGUGAACAGGUCCAAAGAGGAAAAACUCAGCAGGUUCUACUACCCCAGAGAUCACAGCUCUGUGUGCAUAAUAAAUGAGCACAGGCCGUA